AUGUCGCUAUCUACUCGUACAACGCGUUCCGGGCGCGAAUUCUCGCCAUGGUCGAUCAUCCCCACUGUGUUCCCGCUGCAGGCGUCUUUGGGCCGGGCGAUUGAAGCAGAGGACGGGAUGUUUCGUGCGUCGCGCACUGUCGCCGAGGUCGACGUAGGGAUCUUGGGCUAUAGCGACCAGGAAGAAACUUCCGACCCACCCUCUCCGCCGUCCUCCCCGCCCCCGUCUCAUUCCGUGCUGCUCCGUGGCCAUCACGAGCACGUCGAACUCGCUGAGGCUCGGAUGGCAGCGGUCUCGGAGCCCCUAUCAUUGCCAUCUCAGCAAACCUCCGUCUCGCCGGCUCCGUACCGCUCUUCAGGCCGCAAGGCUCAUGCAAAAGCCGGUAAGGCGAAAAGGCGUGCUACGAAGCGUCUUCUCGCCCGUGAGGCGAGGGAUGAGCAGGCGUCGUUCGCUCACAAAAUCAGGUCAUCUGUAGCGAAACACCACCCGAUCCCUCCCUCCGUGCCGACUACGACCAACGCAAGGCUCUUGAAGCAUUCAAAGGGCGCAUGGAUUGGCGCGAGACACAGUUCGGGCGGGAAGACACUCACCUUGGAAGAGGUUCGCAAGCUCAAUUUUGAGUUUGUAUCGUGGAACGGCAUUGACCCUCAAGUCAUUACUGACCAGGAGGGCCGUAUCGUCAUUGCGCUUGCUGGUCGACCGGUAGGGGAUCCGACGUGGAGUGACGCAAUCGAGGGUUUGACAGAGGCUGCGAAGAAGGUUGCCGUCGACACAGGCUUGUACAAGCGUACAUGGUCUCACCGCCGCGGCACUUACCCAACAGUUGCGAUGGGAGUUUCAUAUGGCGGAGGGCAAAGGUCUCCUCAGCCCUUGGCCCUUCCUCCAGGCAUCCGGAGAGCCAUGGAGCAUUUUGCUGGUAACAACCAUGUCAACAGAGUAGUCAACUUUGUUCAAAGUUGUUUUACCUUCUAUGCCCCCAAAAUGUGCAAAUACUACACAGAGAUCUUGCAAGCUCUAUUCAGCCAACCUACCUGGUGGAUGGUGUGCUGUUGUGGCUUUUGGGCAUUUGAUCACACCAAGGGUGGUCAUCUCAUUCUAUGGCCACUCAAGAAAGCUAUACAAUUCCCUUCAGGCUCUGCAAUAUUAUUGCCCUCAGCCCUUGUAGAACAUGGCAAUGUGCCUGUUCAAGAGGAUGAAACAAGAUUUUCCUUCACACAGUAUGCUGCUGGGGGCUUAUUCAGAUGGAUAGACAGCUGUUUAUGUAACUCCUAG